UAGAAUCACGUGACUUUCGGAAAAAUUGGAUUGGUCAUGUGACCUGUUCAAAAUGGCAGGCGAAGUGUUUGAUAUACGUCUUUGCAAUGUUAUUGUUUUGGGCGUUUCGUUUAUGCUUAUUUUCACAGCUUUCCAAACUGCUUCCAUGGCGGAGGAAAGUGUGUUGAACAGUGCAGAUAGUAAUAGUAAUGGCAGCUCGAAUGGCACUUCAACUUUUGAUGGGGCUGGGUACAAAAGUUUGAGUGUGAUCUACAUAGUUUUUGCGGUAUCCAACUGGGUAGCACCAUCAAUAGUGGUGGUCAUAGGAGCUAAACUGUCAAUGUUCUUCGGUUCCCUGCUCUACUUAUUGUUUAUAGUUUCGUUUCUGAAGCCGAUGUUAUGGUCUCUGUACACAGGCUCUGUUUUGGUUGGCUUCGGGGCAGCAGUUUUGUGGACAGGACAGGGGAAUUUCCUCACCACUAACUCCGAUUCAGAAACCAUCUCCAGGAACAGUGGUAUCUUCUGGGCCCUACUCCAGUUCAGCCUGCUGUUUGGCAAUGCAUACAGCUACUUUGUGCUGAAGGGGGCUCAGGUGAUAUCCACUGAUGAGCGCACCAAGCUCUUCAUCGGCCUUAGUGGCGCAGGCCUGCUGGGUUCUCUCUGCCUGCUCUUCCUGCGGAAACGACACAGCAGCGACAAUAUCAACCUCAACUCUAGCGGACAAGUUAUUGCAGAUACACCCUUGUCUGUGCUCAAAAGAUCCUUUCAUCUGAUUCGCACCAAAGAAAUGCUGCUUUUGUCCAUUACAAUAUUUUAUACAGGAAUUGAGCUGACCUUCUUCAGUGGUGUGUACGGCACAUGUCUAUCCAACAAUUUGCACUUUGGAAAAGAGGCAAAGGGACUCAUCGGUAUCUCGGGGAUGUUCAUUGGUGUUGGAGAAAUACUUGGUGGCUCAUUGUUUGGACUGAUGGGAAAGUCUACUAAUCGUCACGGUCGAGAUUUGAUCAUCAUGUUUGGCUAUGUGGUCCACAUGGUCUGUUUCUUCUUGAUCUUUAUCAACCUACCCGAGAGGUCCCCCAUUAAUGAGAGUAAUGAAGCUACGUAUAUCACUUCUAGCAAGUAUGUAGCUAUCCUGUGCAGUUUCCUGCUGGGGCUGGGUGACAGCAGUUUCAACACUCAGAUCUACUCCCUGCUUGGCUUUAUGUUCCCAGAGGAUAGCUCCCCUGCCUUUGCCAUCUUCAAGUUUGUGCAAUCGAUUUCUGCAGCGAUAGCAUUUUUCUACAGUGACUACCUGAUCCUGCAGUACCAGCUGCUGAUCAUGGUGAUCCUGGGCACGUUUGGCUGCUUCAGCUUCUCCCUGGUGGAGUGGAAGAGCACCAAGAUCAACACCGAGGGCUACCAGAGCAUAUGACAGGCCGAGAGGACUGCUGCAGAAAUCAACUCUGAAAGUGAUGACGAAGACUCACCUUUCAGAGUGCUUCUGUCUGCUGCCAGUCCGCUACCCGAAGAUUCAUAACAGUCAAUGUUCUAUGUGUAAUAUAUUCAUAUCUGCCCUUAUUACUACUGUGAAAUGUAUGCAACUGAUUUUGUUUAUAUUAAUACUGGUACUAUGUUCUGAUACUGCCCUGCUGCUAUCAUGCAUUUCUGUUGCAGCUGACUCCUUACAUGGUCAUGGCUAUCUCUAUUGAUUUUAUAUUAAAGGGCUUUGUUGAACAAGACAAAUUGCAUUUGUUCAUGUUUUUUGAAGCCACGACUUGCAUGCAAUGUAAUGUAUCACAUUAACAGUUUAUGUUGUAUUGUUGACAUAUUCUUACAACAGAGUUGGGAACGUAAAGAGUAUGAGUAUGUAUUAGAAGAAUAUCAUUUAUAUAGGAUCUGGCACGAGUUGUCAUAUCAUACCAUAUUUUAUUAAACGAGCUCAGGAAUUUUGUUAGUAAGAGAUCCUUUCCUGGACGAGUUUAAUAAAAUAUGGUAUGAAAUGACAACGAGUGUCAGAUCUUUUUAAGCACAUGCUUUUAAAUGAGCAAAUUAAAUAAAUAUUUACGCAAACAUAAUGAUAAAUCCUGAAUGUUGUUACAUUUCGUUACGUCAUAUGACGUUGCAAUGUCAUUUCAGCAUAAUAACAAAAUGCGAUUGGUCAAUUGAACAAAAAUAAGCUAAUGAAAACGCUUAAAAAGUCAGGGUUUACUCUGCCAAUUGCCAAAUUAGCCAAUGGCUACAAAUAAGGAAAUUUGGCUACAAAAAAUUCCAUUUGGCUACAAAGUUUUCUGCAUUUUCACCCAUAAAAUAUCCAAGGUAAUAAGAAUUAAGACAUAAAACGGUAAAUUUGGCUACAGAAAAUUUUGAGCCAUAGGUAGUCCUGAAAGUACAUUACACAUGUGUAAGAUAAAAAUAUUCGUAAUGGUUAUAUUACAUGGGAAACAGGGUAUGUGCUAAAUAAAAUAUCUGUUUGGGUUAAGCAUGAUAUCUUUUGUGCAAUAGUGUAUAUAUAUAUAUACAUGUAUGUGUAAACAAUGUGUUUUAUUUAGUAGUACUUGCUGUGUUGCUACAUCUAAAUAUAAUAAUACUAUAUUUGAUUGAUAAUACAUAUUAAAUCAUGUUAUUUUUGUUAACAGCUUAUUAAUGUUUUUUUUAGCUCACCUGAUUGCUCAGGUGAGCUUUUGUGACCAGUUUUUGUCCGUCAUCCGUCUGUCCGUUUACAUUUGUUCGUAAACACUCUAGAGGCCACAUUUAUUGUCCGAUCUUCAUGAAACUUGGUCAGAAGCUUCGUCCCUAUGAAAUCUCGGUCGAGUUCGAAACUGGGUCGUGCCGGGUUAAAAACUAGGUCACAAGGUCAAAAAAAAGAAAAAACUUGUAUACACUGUAGAAGUCACAUUUCAUGUCCAAUCUUUAUGUAACUUUGUGAAAAUGUUUGUCUUAAUGAUAUGUUGGUUGAGUUUAAAAGUCCGUUGAAAAAUGUGGCCACCAGUGGGCGGGGCAGUUUUCCUUUUUUGGCUAUAGAGAAACCUUGUAAACACUCUGGAAGUCACAAUUUUUGCCCAAUCAUCAUGAAAGUUGGUCAAAACAUUGGUUUUAUUGAUUUCUCGGACGAGUUCGAAAAUGGUCCAGAUCGGUGAAAAAACAUGGCCGCCAGUGGGCGGGGCAUUUUUCUCUAUAUGUAUAUGGUGAAAACAUGUGAACACUCUAGAAGUCACAUUUUUGGUCCAAUUUUCAUGAAAUUUGGUCAGAACAUUUGUUUCCUUGAUACGAGAGUUGAGUUGGAAAAUGGUUCCAGUCAGUUGAAUAACAUGGCUGCCGGGGGGGGGGGGCAGUUUUCUUAUAUUUAUAUAGUAACAAGAAAUAUCUUUAAAAAAGAUAUACGGCGUUGAUUGUGGUUGGUUUUGGUGAAAGGUAAAGAAUUCAAUGAAUGAGAUCAAAGAUAGGGAAUGUCUUUUUAUGUGCAGUUCUUAGCUGCAUGACACGCAGUACAGGAUGUUAUGCGGAGUUUUCGCGUCUUAUUUUACAUUAUUACAUAUUGCGGGUCAUAAGUCUGUCUGUCUGUCCGUCAUAAACCUAUAGAUACAAAACAGAAAACCAAAAGAAGAAUGGAAGUGUAAUUAAAACAUUAAGGCAGCCAGCCACACACGAAGUAUCCGUACAUAUUUUAAAUAUUCAUACGUGCGUUCUUCGAACAAACCUGUUUUAGUGGUUUGUUGAUUAUUAACAGUAUCGAGAAUCAUCUCGCUCAUGCUUAAUACAUUAGUCAAUAUGGUGGAAUAAUUCUUGUUAAAUUAAUCAAAAAUAUUAUUUAUCAUUUUAUUGUUGAAAACACAAUAAGAAUCUAAUAUGGACAUACCAUAAUUAUAUCGCUGUAUUUUCAUUAAGCAUAUUUCUGGUCUAAAGAAAAUUCCACAGUCCAGGUUAUAUGCCAGAUUCUUGAGUCAGAUAGACUUCAGCCCUUAUCAGCAAUACAAUAAUGGUCUGGAGCUGUUAAUGAAAUAACAUCCUGAGAUUGACCCUUUGAGAAGGUUAACCCGAGAGAGUGAUUUAUUGCUGCUGACCAUAAGUCUUCAAGAUAACGCAAACACUUCACCUAGUUCACACGAUAGUGUCUAUAUUGUAUACCGGUAACGAUUAUUUCACUGGCCGGGAAGUGACUGGCGCUGGCAAUCCUCUGAAAAUAAAAGGUGCACGCACAAACUGCAUUGAUGUCGAGAGUUGAGUGUAAAACUGUUCUAUCUAUCAAGCCUUUUCAUUAGAGAUAAAAUUAUUUCAUGCAGUAAAACAGUGUUACAAAGACGCGUCCAUGUUUCCAAUGUUCUGGUGGUAUGUUCAAAUCAGCCAAUUGAAUAAAUGAAGUGUAUUCAUUCGUAUCUAGCCGCGGGAAAUUUUAUUUAAAUUUUAUUGGAUACUUACAAAGGUCAGGUAAGGUAAAAAGCUGGCUUAUACAGCUUCGCCGAAAAAAGUUUGUGAACACUAGAAGUGACAUUAUUUGCCCAAUCAUCAUGAAACUUGGUGAAAAGAUUGGUUUUAUAUAUCUCUCAGAUGAGUUUGCAAAUGGUCCCGAUGGGUCAAUAAACAUGGCUGCCAAGGGUGGGGGGCAGUUUUCCUUAUGUGACGAUAUAGAGAGAUCAAACAUUAUGGAAGUCACAUAUUUUGCUUAACCAUCGUGAAGCUUAGUCAAUACAUUGGUUUUAUUGAUUUCUUGGAUAAGUUGGAAAAUGGCUCAGAUUGGUGAAACACACUUUUUAGCUCACCUGAUUGCUCAGUUGAGGUUUUAGGAUUGGUCUUUGUCCGCUGUCCGUCCGUGCACAUUUGGUUUGUAAACACUCUAGCAUUCACAUUUCUCAAGCAUUCUUUAUCAAAGUUACUGAAAGAUCUCAGUCAAGUUUGAUGAUAGGUCACCAUUUAAAAUCUUACAAAAACAAAAACACUCCCUACGCCAGAGUUUUGGUUCAAUAAUGAUGAAACUUGACCAGGAUGUUUGUCUGGUCAAUAUCUAGGUCAAGUUUGACAUUAGGUAAAGAUUGAAUGAACCGACUCCUCUCAGGUGAGCGAACUAGGGCCAUCUUGGCCCUCUUGUGUAAAAUCGUGUUUAUGUGAUAGUUCUAAAAGGGAAUAUUUUUAAAUGAAUACUCAUUCAACAGUUAAGUAGUCUUAGUAACAUGUAUAUGUGGUUACAGCCAAAUGACACAUGUGUUUGCAUUCAAGUUGCCCCCUCCCAUAUAUAUUGUAUAAUCUGGUAUCAUCUGACAAAUCCGUUCUCAUUUUAUUAACAAUUUUGUUGAAUACAGGACAUGUAUGUAAUAAAACCACCAAAGCAGCAUUGAAUUUUCUACUGAUUAUAAUACAAUGCACAAUUUUGGAUUUACUUGUAAAAAUAUUUUUAUUUGUACUGAUAUUAAAUAAUUUUUUAUGAUAUAACUGGUAUCGAAAAUAAAAUGAUGUUCAGGCUUUAUAAUUUCCAUUUAGACUGUAUAGCGACUCUUUUUACAAAUUAAAUUUUAAUUUGUUUUAUGUUCAAGAUAUAAUGUGUAUUGCAUAAUAUUUAUUUCGGUGUUUAUGUCAAAUGUUACUGACCUGAGCACAAUAUGCUCAUGAGGAGCGCAUGUGAUGGCCUUUCUUCCAUCGGAUAUCAUCUGUAUUCCUAAGGCGACUUUUAUUGGUGAAUCUUCAUGGACAUGAUGAAAAGGACCAUAUGAUUACUAUGUGAUUUCUACAUGGGGUCCAAAACUAGGUCAUUUGGUAAAAAAUAGAGAAAAUGCUGUCUGGAAGUCACUUGAAAUAUGAUGAGAACAUAUGUUUUUAUGAAUUUUUGUAAAAAUUGAAAAUGGUUCAUGACGGUGUCAAACAGCCAGAAGAAGUGCAGUCUCCCUGUGAUGUGUUUGGAAUCCUGUAAGUUACAAACCGUCUCAGAACAAAUCUGUUCCUUCUGGUCUAAAGUGAGCCAUCUAUGGUCGUUUAGUCCCAUUAAUUCAUGUGUUGCGUGUAUAAAACUUGGACCCUUAAGUUGGACAUGCUUACAAUUUGUGUAUAAAACUUGGACCCUUAAGUUUGACAUGCUUACAAUUUACAUUAAUUAUUUUAUUUUGUCUUUAGCGUUGUAGAUUUCAGAAUGUAAUAAGUUAGUUGUGUUAUAUAUAGUUCCAUUUUAUGCAAUACUUACACCUUCUUUAAGCCGGUUCAUUAUUUCCAUGCUUAAAGUGCACAGUCUAUACAAAUAAUGCAUUGGAUUAUAACGUUUACAAACGUUAAUUUGAUUCUUAUUGUACAUCAAUAAAUGAAAUACACAUAAUCAAAAUGA